GUAUAGCAAAUGUCACUGAUUGAACCCACUCACUAUUACUUAAAAUAAUCACAGAGUGUUUUUGAAAGUUUCGUAUUUUGUUUUGGUACAUUUGCGAGUAUCACUCUCACUCGGCUUGUGAAUGAGUACCCUGCACACACUUCAAAACUGUUCACGAGCUUGGUUUGAUUUUGGUUGUCAUUUGUUGAAUUAAAUACAAAACAAAAAUGUGUCGGUGUCUGUCAUAGACUGUAAAAAAGGGUGUUUGUCUGCUGAAUGGCUCCGAUUCUCCUCCAUGGUCAUAUGGGAAUGUGAAUAUUUAAAAAGACAACAUUAAAACUACACUUACAUUUAACGUUACACCCUUCCAACAAAGAAAUUGAUUGACUCUGUCAGCUUAUUAAACAUUUAUUUAUUUGGACAUUUUCUACCAUAUGAUGGCUGAAGCAGCAGCGUGACACUUUUUACGGUAACCAGAUCAACAUUGUAAACACAAUCCUACAAAACUCAAGUGAAAACAUCAAAUUACCAUUCAAUGGGAUAAAAUAGCUUCUGUUCCCUGCAAACAAUACCAUGAAGAAUGUUAAUAUUUAACCAAGUCAAAAACAAAAAAGGUAAGCAGGUAUCCAUAUUCAUUGCAAAACGCUAUAAAAGGUGACAACUUUUAAAGUUAAAAGACAGCAUAAGUUAUGUAAAUGAUAAAAGCUCAUUGUGGGUUCUCGGUUUGGUCGAUUUGAGCAACCAUAGAUAUGAAUUUUGAGUUUUUGAUAGGAAUCCUAUAUAGAAAAAUCAGUCCCUGACCUCCAGCCGCAUUUCGUGUGCAGCAGUGACGUCAUGUGCAAACAACCUAUUGUGAAAUUGGUGACACCUGUAACUAAUAAUGAUCCAUUAAAGGUUCCUGCAACAACUGAUUGGUCUAAGGCAAUAAUCUAUUAAACUGUGAUUGGUGAUCGUUAGAGGCAGGCACUAUAAAAAGACCAGAAAUAGUUCUGUGUGGGUGUUUAAAAGCAUUUCUUUUCUUCUUUUUUUUUUUCUUUGUGGUAGUUGGUGUGUUGAGAUUUUUUGACAGUAGAUUUGGCUGGACAUGGGUGAAAUCACUAUGCGAAUUUUAAAUCUUUCUUGGGCACUACUCUUAAUCCUUGUUCAUGACAGUAUUGUGAAUGCUUAUGACUAUAGCUCUGUCACCAAUGGAGGCUAUCAUGGAUCUUCUAAUCAUAAAGUGGAUUAUGUUGAGCUACAAAAUGUCUACAGCCAGUAUGAUCCAAUCAGGCCCCGGGCUUCCAAAAACAUCUAUAGUACUGCAGUUAAGGGAGGAUAUGGUACUGGAAGUCUCAGUUUGCAGACUGGCUCUUCAGCUGGUCCAGUGACAAGUGGUGAACCUGGUUCUGACACUAGAAGAUGGCUUCAGGAAUCUCAAGUGGCUUCAGCUGGAAGUGGCAGUCUUGUUGAUGGUUCUGUGGGUAGUGCAGCAAGUAUGGGCAUGUCAUGGUAUGGUGUAAGUCAGUCAGCUAGUCUUCAAGACUCUGAUGCCAUGCAUUCUUCCUUGGUAUUGAUGCCAUUGCAGCAAAGCAAUUACUCUGUUCCCAAGCCAGUGCAGCUAGCAUCCCAAAUUCCACUGCAAACCAGUAAUGAGCCUGUAGCAAUGCCCAUCAGUCAACAGCUAGUGCAGUCCAUCUCCAAGUCUGGUGGUCUGCAACUAGCACAAACAAACUCUGAAACCAUGGCCCAGUCCAGUAGCCAACAAUUAGCCCAAGCAAGCUCCCAGUCUGCAGUAGACCGUAGAUGGCUGCUUAAGCCUCAGAGAGGUAGACUUUUGCAAUUUGGUUCCAAGCCAGUUCAGAAUCCAAGCUUUGGCUUUUUCAUGCCUUUGCGGACAAAUGAGUCCAUAUCACAAUCCAGCUACCAAAUUGUGCAACAUGGAAAUCAGUUAGUCAGCCAGCAACCAGUACAAGCAAUCGAUGAAGCUCAACCAAGCAGCCAGCUCCGUCAACCAGUGCAAGCCAGUGGCCAGUCUGCAGACCAGACCUCCAGCCAGCAACCAGCCCAAGCAAGCUACCAGUCUGUGGCCCAGCCCAGUGUGCUUCAACCAGCACAAGCCAGCUACCAGUCUGUGGCCCAGUCUAGUGUCCAACAACCAGCACAAGCCAGCUACCAGUCUGUGGCCCAGCCCAGUGUGCUUCAACCAGCCCAAGCAAGCUACCAGUCUGUGGCCCAGCCCAGUGUGCUUCAACCUGCACAAGCAAGCUACCAGUCUGUGGCCCAGCCCAGUGUCCAACAACCAGCACAAGCCAGCUACCAGUCUGUGGCCCAGCCCAGUGUGCUUCAACCUGCACAAGCAAGCUACCAGUCUGUGGCCCAGCCCAGUGUCCAACAACCAGCACAAGCAAGCUACCAGUCUGUGGCCCAGCCCAGUGUGCUUCAACCUGCACAAGCAAGCUACCAGUCUGUGGCCCAGCCCAGUGUGCUUCAACCUGCACAAGCCAGCUACCAGUCUGUGGCCCAGCCCAGUGUGCUUCAACCUGCACAAGCCAGCUACCAGUCUGUGGCCCAGCCCAGUGUGCUUCAACCAGCACAAGCAGGCUACCAGUCUGUGGCCCAGCCCAGUGUGCUUCAACCAGCACAAGCAGGCUACCAGUCUGUGGUCCAGCCCAAUGUCCCAAGACCAGCUCAAGCCAGCUACCAGUCUGUGGCUCAGCCCAGUGUCCAACAACCAGCACAAGCCAGCUACCAGUCUGUGGCCCAGUCUAGUGUCCAACAACCAGCACAAGCCAGCUACCAGUCUGUGGCCCAGCCCAGUGUGCUUCAACCAGCCCAAGCAAGCUACCAGUCUGUGGCCCAGCCCAGUGUGCUUCAACCUGCACAAGCAAGCUACCAGUCUGUGGCCCAGCCCAGUGUCCAACAACCAGCACAAGCCAGCUACCAGUCUGUGGCCCAGCCCAGUGUGCUUCAACCUGCACAAGCAAGCUACCAGUCUGUGGCCCAGCCCAGUGUCCAACAACCAGCACAAGCCAGCUACCAGUCUGUGGCCCAGCCCAGUGUCCCAAGACCAGCUCAAGCCAGCUACCAGUCUGUGGCCCAGCCCAAUGUCCCAAGACCAGCUCAAGCCAGCUACCAGUCUGUGGCCCAGCCCAGUGUGCUUCAACCAGCACAAGCAGGCUACCAGUCUGUGGCCCAGCCCAGUGUGCUUCAACCAGCACAAGCCAGCUACCAGUCUGUGGCCCAGUCCAGUGUCCAACAACCAGCACAAGCCAGCUACCAGUCUGUGGCCCAGCCCAGUGUGCUUCAACCUGCACAAGCCAGCUACCAGUCUGUGGCCCAGCCCAAUGUCCCAAGACCAGCUCAAGCAAGCUACCAGUCUGUGGCCCAGCCCAGUGUGCUUCAACCUGCACAAGCCAGCUACCAGUCUGUGGCCCAGCCCAGUGUGCUUCAACCAGCACAAGCAGGCUACCAGUCUGUGGCCCAGCCCAGUGUGCUUCAACCAGCACAAGCCAGCUACCAGUCUGUGGCCCAGCCCAGUGUGCUUCAACCAGCACAAGCAGGCUACCAGUCUGUGGUCCAGCCCAAUGUCCCAAGACCAGCUCAAGCCAGCUACCAGUCUGUGGCUCAGCCCAGUGUCCAACAACCAGCACAAGCCAGCUACCAGUCUGUGGUCCAGCCCAAUGUCCCAAGACCAGCACAAAUCAGCUAUCAGUCUGUGGCCCAGCCCAGUGUCCAACAACCAGCACAAGCCAGCUAUCAGUCUGUGGCCCAGCCCAGUGUGCUUCAGCCUGCACAAGGCAGCUACCAGUCUGUGGCCCAGCCCAGUGUGCUUCAACCAGCACAAGCCAGCUACCAGUCUGUGGCCCAGCCCAGUGUCCAACAACCAGCACAAGCAAGCUACCAGACUGUGGCCCAGCCCAGUGUGCUUCAGCCUGCACAAGCCAGCUACCAGUCUGUGGCCCAGCCCAGUGUGCUUCAACCAGCACAAGCCAGCAACCAGUCUGUGGCCCAGUCCAGUGAGCCUGUGGCAAUGCCCAUCAGUCAACAGCUAGUGCAGUCCAUCUCCCAGUCUGGUGGUCCGCAACCAGCACAAACAAACUCUGAAACCAUGGCCCAGUCCAGUAGCCAACAAUUAGUCCAAGCCAGCUCCCAGUCUGCAGUAGACCGUAGACAGCUGCUUAAGCCUCAGAGAGGUAGACCUUUGCAAAUUGGUUCCAAGCUUUUUUCAGGUUUCAAGCCAGUUCAGAAUCCAAGCUUUGGCUUUUUCAUGCCUUUGCAGAUUACAAAUAAGUCCAUAUUACAACCCAGCAACCAAAUGGUGCAACAUGGCAGUCAGUUAGUCAGCCAGCAACUAGCUGAGUCCAGUGACCAAUCAAUGGUUCAGGUCAGUGGCCAGCAACCAGUACAAGCCAUCAAUGAAGCUCAACCAGUGCAAGCCAGUGGCCAGUCUGCAGCCCAGACCUCCAGGCAACAAGAAAUAACAGCCAGCCAAUCUGUCUCUCAGUCCAGUGGCCAGCCACCAGUACAAGCCAUCAGUGAAGCUAUAGCUCAACCAAGCAGCCAGCAACUAGCACAGGCUUUUGGUCUGUCUGUGGUCCAGCCCAGCAGCCAACCACUAGCUCAAGCCAAUUCUCAGUCUGUUGCUCCGCUCAUUGGACUGCAAGAAGCACAGUCCAGCUUCCAAUCUGUGGCUCAGUCCAGCAGCCAGCAACUCCCACAGGUCACUGACCCAUCUCUGUCUCAGCCCAGCAGUCAACCAGUGCAAGCCAGUGGCCAGUCUGCAGCCCAGACCUCCAGCCAGCAACCAGCACAAGCUAGCUACCAGUCUGUGGCCCAGCCCAGUGUCCUAAAACCAGCUCAAGCCAGCUACCUGUCUGCACUCCAGGAGAGUGGACAAACCGUUUCCAAGCCAGUGAAGUCCCAAGGUGAACAGCUUUAUCAGAUUGGAUCUAAGCUUUAUUCAUGCCAGGAGUUUGUAUCACAGCCCAGUUACCAGCUUGCAGCCCAACCAGGACAGACUAGGUAUCGGCCUUCAUCCAGACCUAGUACUCCAUCCUUGACUCAACGUAUAGAAUCUGUUGUUCAGGCCAGUUACCAGGCCCCAGUGAAGACUGGGCAGCCUACCUAUGAGUCUAUGGUGCAACCCAGCAACCAAGUCCCUCCCAGACCACUGCAAUCCAUGCUCCAGUCUGUUUUCAGACCAGCUCAGCUGCCUGAACAGCCUAGCUACCAGCCUCCGUUGCUUCUAAGCCGACAGCCUCUUGCUCCGAAGGUACAACCAAGCUUUUUGCCUCUUGCCAAGCCUGGACCAUCCAGUUAUGGUUCUGUAUUGAGGCACAGUGGUCAACCUUCUAGGGAAAUGCAGCAGCCUGGCUACCAGCCUUUGGCCUGGCCAGGGCAAGAGGUGUAUCAGCCCCUAGUGAAACCUAUACAAUCCAGCUAUGGACCCUCAAGAAAGCUGGAAACUCCUGGAAACAUUCAGCCUCAAAAACUGCCUAGCCGCCAGUCUCUAGGUCAGCCCAGCUACAGUUCCCAAGCCAUGCCAAUGCAGUCCAGGUACCAGGCACAGUCACUUUCUGAGAAAGUUUCUCAGCCUGGAUACCAGAUGUCUUCCAAGGCAGGGCAGUCUGGUUCCCAGCCUGAAAUUCUGCCUAGCCACCAGUUUCUAUCUCCAUCUGGCUACUCAUCCCUAGCCAUGCCAAUGCAGUCCAGGUACCAGGUACAGUCAAGUUAUGAGAGCAUCUCACAGCCUGGAUUCCAGACCUUUUCAAUGCCUGGUCAAUCAAGUUCCCAAUCUGUAUCCAGAUCAGGUUCCCAAGCCCUGGAGCAGCCCAGCAAUCUCUUUGUCUCAAGCUUUGAGUCAGUGCAACCUGUACUUCAGUUACCAACACAGUUGAAUUACCAGUCUGUCACAGGUCAAAAUGCUCCUGGACCUGCCCAAAGAAGGCCACAUUCAUCCAAGAGCAAGUUCAGGCUGUUUCAACAAUAGCUAACUACCUGUUUUUGCUGUUUGACCUGUUUCAAAACAAUAAAACGUCAAUAAAAUA